GAGGAUUUCUUCUUGCUGUAGCCGGAAAAGUUGGAGCUAUGGCCAAAGAAUAUGUGGCUGAAGUAGUUGUGGAGAAGUCGGAAGAGAAAGCUGCUGCACCUGCACGUAAUCGUGAUUCAAACUCAGAGGCUACAGUGGAAAAUUCAGCCGUGAAAGAUGAAGAUGGAUCAAGUAGAAACUGGUGGGUCUUUCCUUCAAGAGAGGAAAGUCAUGAUCCUGAAGAGCCAAUCCUUCAGAAGUGGAAGAAGAUAUUUGUAGCAUCAUGUCUGCUUGCUAUUUUACUGGAUCCAUUGUUUCUCUAUGUUCCUAUGAUGAAAGAUGAUAUCAAGUGCCUGCAGUCUGACAAAAACUUGAAGAUUGCUGCUCUUCUUUUGAGAUCAGUCACAGAUCUUUUCUAUAUAUUUGACAUCAUUUUUCAAAUUUAUAGAUCUGAUUACUUUUCAGGUUUAAUUAAUGAAUAUCGAGGCAAACAGUACUCCGACUACUCAAAAAUCAAUUUUUGUCGGGAACAUAUUGUGCCAAAAAUAGCUAAGAUAAUCGGGGAGUCAUGUAAUAUCUUAAUUGAUAUUUUGGCUAUUCUUCCGCUUCCUCAGGUACUUGGUGCCAUAUGGUACUUUUUUGCUAUUCAACGAAUGGGCAUUUGUUGGCAUAAUGCAUGUCGAAAAGUAAAUGGAUGUAACACUACUACCUUUGGAUGUCAUGACCAUCACACAUUUAGAAAUAUGACAUUUCUAAAUUAUUUGUGCCCUGUAAGACCGAUGAAUACAACGCUCUUCGAUUUUGGUAUAUAUAUUACAGUCCUUCAAUCUGGUAUAACGGGGUCAACAAAUUAUUUCGAAAAGCUCUCCAAUUGUUUUUGGUGGGGCCUGCAAAAUUUGAGUUCUUUUGGUUCAAACCUCGAGCCUAGUAUCAAUGGAUGGGAAAACCUCUUCGCGGCUUUUAUAUCUAUUAUUGGCUUGCUUUUAUUCUUAUAUCUCAUUGGAAAUUUGCAGGCAUACCUGCAGUUUGAUACCACAAGAAUAGAGACCCAUAGACACAAGAGGAGAGUGGAACAGAAGAUGAAAGAGAAAGGUCAAGAGAUAGAGCUGUGGUUAUUUUGCAUCCCCGAAAGGUNGAAGGAGGAUAUGAAAUUGCUGAUCAUGGAGAAGGUUCGACAAGAACUUGAAGAAGACAGGGAUGCUGAUUUGAACUAUAUCCUCUCUACUCUUCCCAAGGACAUUCAAAGCAGUAUUAGAAGUGGUAUCCCUAUCACUAGGUUGACUCAAGUGCAAAUAUUUAAAGACAUGGAUGAAAAAGUGUUGAAAGCAAUCUGUCGGUAUCUUAAGCCAAAGAGGUAUGCUAAAAACGGUACCAUUACUCAAGAGGGUGGACCACUUGAAAUGAUGCUCUACAUUGUGAACGGAUUUGUAAACAUUGAAGAAAGAGAUGGUUCUAAUAACUUGCAACGAGGUGCAAGAGAAGUAUAUGGAGAAGAACUUCUACGUUGGCCAUUGUCGAACUCAUUUCCCCACGUAUUACCGUCGGCAACGUUGUCUGCUACGGCAGGAAGUGAUGUUGUAGCCCUUGCUCUCACGGCUACAGACUUAGACAGUGUGGUCUCUGAAUUCGGAAGGGAAUAUUUCUUUGGGAUGAUUACAUGUAAAAUGUUCAGUGUAAAAGAAGUGGAGAAGGCAACAGACACUUACCAUGUAAGUAGAUUUAUCAGAAGGCAACAAACAAUUACCUCUAGAGGAGUCUCUACAAGAGUUUACAAAGGGGUGCUAGCAGAUAAAACAGAGGUUGAGGUAACGAGGUACACAGUAAAUUGUUCCCAUGAUGAUUAUCCAUAUUUGGUUAAACUGGUGGCUGUUGCUUCUCGUACCAACCACAAAAAUUUGGUGAGGCUCUUAGGUUGCUGUUUGGAAGGACAAACAAUUGCACUGGUUUCUGAGUACAUUCCGAAUGCCUGUACUCUUUUUCAACGCAUUCAUGGAGAAGAAGGAGAAGAAGGCAAACCACUUUCAUUGGAGUUACGAAUGAAGAUAGCAUCUGAAACCGCAGGAGCCCUAGCUUACUUACGCUCAUUAACUACCACGCCAAUCUUACCCUCUUUUGUGUCGACAACAAGUAUACUUUUGGAUGAUAAUUGCACGGCAAAGUUGUGCAGCUUUGGACUUAGAUUUGUGCCCAAUGAUAGCCGGUAUUCAUUGUCAUCUAUAAGGCAAGGAUGCUUCGACCCUGAAUCAAAGACACUAAUAGAAAAGCUUGACGUCUAUGGCAUUGGAGUUGUCCUAGCAGAGCUACUAACCGAUCCAAAUGCAAUUUCUUCAUCAGGGGAUCGUGACUUGACGAAGCUGGUAAGCUUAUUUCUAUCACUAGUGGAAGAGGAUCGCUUGAAUGAAAUUCUCGAUGGUAAAAUAAUAGUGAAGGACGGAGAUUUUGAGACAGCCAAAAAAGUGGCCCAUCUGGCAACUAGAUGUUUAAGGUAUGAAAAGGAGGAAAUGCCUUCCAUGAAAGAAGUAGUCGCGGAGCUUGAGGGAAUAUUGCGCAAUCUUAGGGCAGAGCAAGGUGGAGACGCUAGCUUCUCUUGAUCUCCCAAAAGGAAACAACCACUUUGUAACCAAAAAAGGAAAGGUAAAGGUACAUUUGUUACUUAUAGAUGACUAACAUAUGUUUGUCGCCUACUUGCGACAACAUUGGUUUGUAAAUCAAGCUAAUCUCCGGUAUUAUUUUAGAAUUUUGAAUGUUUGACUAUUUGAGACAUUACCUUUGUGUGUAUAUAUAUAUUAUAUUAUAUUAAGUUUUUUCUA